UAUCAUGUGAUCAGCAGUGCACAAAAUGCUGCGUAGCCAAACAAAACUUAUGGAUUUGGGCAGACGCCUCUGCCGAUCCAUUGGCAAUAAUAAUGGAUCCAAUCUAACCAUGGUUGAAGUGGAUGAUAAGACGGGCAUUGCGACGCUAACAUUGAACAAACCGCCGGUAAACUCCUGUAAUUUGGAAUUACUGCUGGACUUAAACGAGUCCAUUAAACAGAUUGAGCGCAAUGGAAGUCGAGGUCUUAUUCUUACAUCCUCCAACGAUAAAGUGUUCUCCUCUGGCUUGGAUCUCAAUGAAUUGCACCAGCCGAAUCAAGAUCGCCUGAUUGCAUUUUGGAGAGCAUUGCAGGAUAUGUGGUUGUCUCUAUUUCUAAGCCGUGUGCCGACAGCAGCGGCUAUUAAUGGUCAUGCGAUUGCUGUUGGUUGUGUGCUGGCUACAGCUUGUGAAUAUCGUGUGAUGUUGCCCGGCUUCAGUAUUGGCAUCCAUGCCACCAAAUUUGGGUAUGUGGUGCCACCGUUUAUACUGAUAUCCUACCUGAGCGUAUUGCCGCGGUACAUCGCUGAGCGGGCCCUGCUACAGGGAAAGCUCUUCAGCAUCGACGAAGCCUUGCACGUGAAUCUCAUCGAUGAGGUGGCCGAUGGCAAGUCGGAUGCCAUCAUUAAAUGUGCUAAGUUCAUUGGUAGCUUUGCGAAAACGCAACCAGACGCCAGAGCACUGACCAAGCGUCAAACGCGAGCACAAGAUGUGCAGCUUUUGAUCAAAGAUCCAGAGGGGCAAUUGCGGGAAAGCUUAGAAUACAUAAAUACUCCAUUCUUUCAGCAGGGCUUGGAAGUUUAUCUGGCCAAGCUCAAGAGCAAGAGCAAGGAGUGAUAUGGGAGAAAACAGAGGAAUAUACUGUGUUAACUGUUGCAUUUAGAGGGGUUUGGGUAUGUUAACUAGAUAAUAAAAACAAAUGGUUUUGUUUUAUUUACUUUAAAAUUUAGACGUUUGAAUAUAUAAACAAGCAAUAAACAAUUAAUGAAAUUCAAUUCUCUAUA